AUGGAAUAAUGAAACUAUUCUCUUCAAAAUGGCAAAUUCAAAAUUGAACACAAACAUCGCUAAACAAAUAUCUGCAACUUGUCAAUAACACUGCAGUAUAAAUUGCGCCAACUCCCACCUAAUCUGCUCACACACAUCAAGAUUCUAGUUAAUUCAACAUGAAGUACAUCGUUUUAGCAAGGUCAACGGCACGAGCUCUAUUCACCGGUGGCCGGAUCUACCACCGCCAAUUCUCCACGGUGACGAUCGCCAGACAACUGGAGAACGUGGAGGCCACACACCACCAUGGUGGCAGCGCCUUCGGGGGAAGCGGAAGCUUCUGGUGGCGGAAGAUGUCCUCCCUGCCUGAGAUAAAGGAUCAGCAUCACUCAGAAGAGAAGAAAAAAGAGGACACCACCACCACCAACAACAACGAGAACGGCGUUGUUUCUAGUUACUGGGGGAUCACGAGGCCUAAGGUUCAGAGGGAAGAUGGUACCGAAUGGCCUUGGAACUGUUUCAUGCCAUGGGACACUUAUCGCGCAGAUGUGUCCAUAGAUGUGAAGAAACAUUACGUGCCAAAGACGUUUUCGGACAAGGUUGCCUUCAGGAGUGUCAAAUUUCUCAGGGUUCUCUCAGAUUUGUACUUCAAGGAGCGGUAUGGAUGCCAUGCCAUGAUGCUAGAAACAAUUGCAGCUGUGCCAGGAAUGGUGGGAGGGAUGUUGUUACACCUCAAGUCACUAAGGAAGUUCCAACACAGUGGCGGUUGGAUCAAGGCACUGCUCGAGGAAGCAGAGAACGAGAGGAUGCACCUCAUGACCAUGGUUGAGCUUGUGAAACCAAGCUGGCACGAGAGGCUUCUUGUUAUUACUGCUCAGGGAGUUUUCUUCAAUGCCUUCUUUGUGUUCUACCUUCUCUCACCAAAGACCGCACACAGGUUUGUUGGUUAUUUGGAAGAAGAAGCUGUCAUCUCUUAUACACAGCACUUGGAUGCAAUUGUAAGUGGCAAGGUUGAGAAUGUCCCUGCUCCUGCCAUUGCCAUUGAUUAUUGGAGGCUUCCAAAGGAUGCAACUCUCAAGGAUGUUAUUACUGUCAUUCGCGCUGAUGAGGCUCACCAUAGAGACGUCAAUCACUUCGCUUCUGAUAUUCACCAUCAAGGAAAGGAAUUGAAGGAGGCUCCAGCUCCUAUUGGUUAUCACUGAGUCAUUAUUUUUGCUUUAUAAACGAUUUCUGUAUCCAAAGGUUAAAUAAAAUGUAUCCCCAUUGUGCA